GCUAAAAAAUAUACCAGUUUUCACUUGGAAGAUUAAAUAUGGAUAAAACUUCUGAAGUUAUCAUUGAGUUGUACAAAAUAGGGGCGUUUAAGUUUGGUGAAUUCAAAUUAAAGAGUGGAAUUACCUCCCCAAUAUAUGUUGAUUUACGAGUGUUAGUCAGCUUUCCGAAAAUAUUGACAGAUAUAUCGUGCCUUCUAUACAACAAGAGUAGAGAAAACCAUUGCCAGUUUGAAAAUGUUUGCGGUGUUCCCUAUACUGCCCUACCAAUGUCAACGGUUAUCUCCACCAAAUACGAUAUUCCAUUGUUGAUGAGGAGGAAAGAAGCGAAAUCAUAUGGUACGAAACAAUUGGUUGAAGGUUACUUUAAAAAAGGCGAUAGAUGCUUAAUUAUUGAGGAUAUUGUAACAUCCGGUGGCUCAGUUCUGGAAACUGCGCAAAUACUACGAAAUUUAGGAUUAGAAGUACGCGAUACAGUAGUCGUCCUAGAUAGAGAACAAGGAGCAAUCGCUUCAUUAAAAAAUCACAAUAUUGAAGUACAUUCGAUAUUCACAUUAUCUCAAGUUGUUGACUGCUUGCUUAGUGUUGGCAAACUUAACAGCUCGAUUGUUAACAAUGUCAAAACGUUUAUCAAAGAGAAUCAAGUAACUUGUGGCAAAAAGGAAGAAGCGACUGAAACGAAAAUACAUCCACUAACUAGGCGAAUUUGGGAAGUAAUUAAAGAGAAACAAAGUAACCUAUGCGUUUCCUUAGAUGUCAGCGAAAGUGGAGAUCUUCUAGAUCUGGCGGAUAAGCUCGGUCCGUACGUGUGCAUGAUAAAAGUUCAUGCUGACAUCGUAAAAGGAUUCAACGUGGAUGUUGGUUUGCAAUUGAAAGCUCUCGCUUCUAAACAUAAUUACUUUAUUUUUGAAGACAGAAAAUUUGCCGAUAUUGGAAAAACCGUUAGCAUGCAAUUUUCAGGCGGAAAUUUAGAAAUAAGUAAAUGGUGUGAUAUUGUUAAUGUGCAUGCUCUUCCCGGUCCUGGAGUUAUUGCAGGAAUACGUACUGUUCGACGUGAUGUCGGUAUUCUUGUCUUAGCACAAAUGAGCAGCGAAGGAAACUUAUUAAAUGAAUCCUAUACCAAAAGUGCUGUUGAACUAUCUUCUGCUAAUCGAGAUUGCGUAAUUGGAUUUAUAGCGCAAGAAAAUUUGACGAACGAUAGCUUUAUUGUGGCUACGCCAGGCGUCCAUCUAUCCACAUCAUCUGGCGACUUAGGCCAAACGUAUAACUCGCCGCAAAAAGCUAUUGAAAAAGGGUCAGACAUAAUAAUUGUUGGUUCGGGUAUUAUCAAGUCCGAUAACCCUGUGGAAGCGGCUGAAAACUACCGAAAAGCGUCUUUUACUGCAAAAAUCCUCGAAAAAUGCGCCUUAUAUUCCUAG